CCGAAAUAGACUGGCUUGUCGCACUUAGGACAGUUGGGCAUGAUGGAACGGUCUGGUUCUUGUUGGAACAACUACGGAAGCGUCGAACAGGCUCCACUCAGCAGCGUGGUCAAGCGCGUACUGGGCCCGCGCGUUCUGCAAGAUUCGUUAUCGAAAACGCAUAGCCAAGUACAGGGCUGUUCAUGAGUAUUCAGAGAUGGUCUGAGUCGAUCGGUAUACUAGCGUGUAUACGUAAAUAACGGGGCGGAUAGAAACAAUAGGAAUGCAACCGAACGAGAUUGUUGAGGAUGGAGCGGAUGUAUGUACGUAGAGGCUCGAGAAGAGGAAUUGGGCUAAGGCCGUGGACAGCGUGGUUGAUGAAAUAAGAAGAGAGAGGAAUAAGUUGACGAAAGAGCGAGUUCGAGCUUGGUGAAAGAUAUUAACGUGCAUUGAAACGGGUUUGAACGAAGUUUUAUAAACAAUAGAGCUUUACAGAUUCUAAGAAACUAUUCUGAAUUCAAGCGUUUAAAAUGAAGGUAGAUACAAAUACUGAUUGUUUUACAGAAAAAAUACUGAUCGAACACAUUUCUAGAGAAAUUCGUAUCGCUCGAUUUUCGAAAAAUCGUAGCAAAAAAUAAGACACGAUAUAUACAUCUUGAUACCUGCCAACAUCCAAAUAGUAGACACACGAGGAGAUAGGUCUUGGCUGCUCAUUUGCUAGAGCUAAUAUCUGCGGUGUGUCGAAAACGCAAAUAAAACCUGGGCUACCUCUGAGUGGUUAUUAUCGUCAGUAAAUAACGGGGCAACAUAUUUUUAAGCAGGCGAUAAAAACAUAUGGGGCACGUAGAUUUUAUAACUGACCACAUCCUCUGAUUAAUGCAAUAUAUAUCUGCACCACUCUUGAUUCGACGUUAGUGAAAAGCAAACACGCGAAAUUGAAACAUAGGUCAUAGAACAGGGUGUAUAAAAGAUUAUCAACCGAAAUGAAUUCGUAUGAUGACGAUCAAUUAAAAUUGAUCACCUCUAUCGAAAACGACGACGUGAGAACGGCGAUAGAGAUCUGCACCACGAGAUUUGAUAAAAAAUUCUUACAGCCUGUUGGAGUACUGCGCGUGACUAUCGUUCAGCUGGCUGCUUGGCAAGGGAAUAUUGAAUUAUUGCAAUUGUUGUAUGAAAAUGGAGCUGAUAUCAAUGCCACGGACAAAAUUGGCAGAUGUGCGCUUUUUCACGCGGCGCAUCAUGGAAACUGUGAAGUGGUGAAUUGGUUGUUGGAACAUGGAGCUUCCACGGAAAAUAGAGUCGGGGUUGAUUCUUGUUACAAGAAUACUCGUUUACCUUCGAACCUGUGUUUUAUUGGUCAAAACUUACCUACGCCUGAGUGUUGGGGAAGGACACCCAUGCACCAAGCUGUGAAGAACAAUCACGCUGCGGUAGUCAAGAUCCUGGUGGAAGCUGGUGCUGAUGUGAACGUGGAAGACGAACGUGGAAUCACACCAUUGCUACUAGCAGGGACCGCAAUCGCAAAAGAAGAUUUCAACGAAAUUUCCAAAUUUAAUGACAUCGUAGACAUCCUCGUAGCAGCAAAAGCUUCAACUAACGUCAUCGAUCCUAAUACAGGUACUACCGUAUUGCAUACUGCGACCUCACUAGGAAGUUGUUCGGCGACGAAAAGGUUACUGAACGGUGGUGCGUGGCCUCUUUAUCAAUGCAAAAGCACAGGAAGUACUCCUCUUCAUCUCGCUGCCAGCACGGGUAACCCAGAGACGCUUUCGAUCCUUCUAGAGAGCAUACCUUCUUGUGAUAUCGACAUUCGAGAUAACAUCAAUCGAACGCCAUUGCAUAGAGCAGCUUACCAAGGUCACCACGAGUGCGUUCGAAUACUAAUCGAUCACGGUGGCAAUUUAGGCGCAGAAACGAACACGGGAAUUACUGUCAUCGAUGCCAUAUUUGCUCACAUACCAACACCAGUCUUAUUUCUAAACGAUGUUCUGUCUUCCCGCGUUAAAAUGAGUUCCGUUGAAAGUUCCGUGGAAAAUUCCCAGAUCACCAUUGACUUCAACGUGCUAGCGCCAAAAGGAGAGCUGCAAAUGGGAGUAGUUACGUCCCUUAUUGCAGCAGCCUCGAACGUGGAACAAUUGACGAUACUACAACAUCCGCUGAUGGAAACGUUCCUCUGGUUGAAGUGGUCCAAGUUGAGAGUAUUCUUCUUUAGUCUCGUCUUCGUCCAUGCCCUGCUGGUCUUUUCCCUGUCUGGUUAUUCCAUAACGAUAUUGCAAUACGAGACUGAUUGCAGCCUGUUGCGGAGAAUUCUCUCUUCCUGUUCUUGCGUCCUCUUCCUUCACAAUGUCGUCCAAGUGCUGAUGGUACCUAGAUAUUAUCUGAGACAGUACGAAACGUGGCUAUCGUUCACCUGCGCGGCGAUAUCUCUGACGAUUUCAGUGGGUAGCGCUUAUAGAAGCGAGAUUACGGCUUCAUCAGGGGAAAAGGAAUUACACGGUGCUCGACAGCCCCCUCAAUGGAUGUUGCAUUCCAUCAGCUUGGCAAUCCUGCUUGCCUGGAUGCAAAUGAUGCUGUUAAUCGGCCGCCUUCCAAUGUGCGGAUAUUACGCGCUCAUGUUCUCCACGGUGCUGAAGAAUAUUCUGAAGGUUCUCCUAGCGUUCGUCUGCCUGAUUGUCGGAUUCGCGUUCAGCUUCGCCGUUUUGUUCCACGGGAACGACCAGUUUCGCAAUUCCUGGAGGGCCGUCGUGAAGACCGUGGUAAUGAUGAUGGGUGAGUACGAGUACGGGGCUCUGUUCUCGGACGAGAAGAAUGGGAGUUCCUUCCUACCAGCCACGAGCAGGGUCGUGUUCCUCGCUUUCGUCAUGCUCGCUAGUAUCGUCCUGAUGAACCUGAUGAUCGGCCUCGCGGUCAAUGACAUCCAAGGCCUCGAGAAGGAGGGACACAUUCGCCAAUUGCUAAAGCAGGCCGAGUUUGUGGCUCAUUUAGAAAGACUAGUGCUGACAUCACAUCGAAUCUUUCGCCGCAAUUGGCUACAUCCUCGGUUAGCCAGGCUGCUAGACUCGAGGCGAGGCAUUCCCACAAAAAUUACGUUCUGUUAUCACGAACAUUAUUUCCAUGAAUCAUCCCUCGGCGUGCCAGCGAGGCUGAAGGAGGCGUUGUUUCUGCUCGCCUUGGGAAACUCGCGCGACACCGAAAGCAGGCGUGAAAAUAACAACGGGGACGAUAACGUGGAAUUAAAAGCGCUGUUGGAGGAAGUGUUGCUGCAAUUAAGGGUACCUUAUUAUCCGUCCGCCAUGAGAAAGUUUUCAGUACCUUAUAAUGCACGAACUCAAACGGGGCAGAGGAAAAUUACUAACCAGUGAAGAAAUAUAUCUGUGUAUCUUUUUCUUAUGUUUUUAUUAAAAUAUCGAUGAACUCUA